ACACGGACAUGAGCGGCAGUCAGUCACCGCGCAGAAAUGAAUGCGAUUUAAAGUGCACACCCAAAAGCUCCGAGAAGACUUCUGACAGCUCUUGUGUGCAGUCACUGUCACAAGCGGAAUAAACUACUGUCUAAAAUAAUAUAUAAUGCACUUUGUUCAGCAGUGGAGGGACGCUUGAUUUUUGACAGAGACACGGAACUAAAGUUUCGCAUUCCUUCAUUACACUCGGACGUAUUUAUAAUCCGGACAACAGAACAUUUCUUUGCCAAGAAUAUCUUAUUUGCUACUGUCAUGAUGAUCUGAGUAUACACGCUUUCUUUUGUAUUACGUAUUGUCUGUAACAGUGGAAAGACAUACGGCUGUGUGAUUAAUGUGAUGAUGAUGUCGGGACGGCGGAAAGGUUUGAGCAGUGUCUUGUCUUCCCUGUCUCUGCUCUGUGUGGUUCUGGAUCUACAGCUGGACGGUGUGUUAGGAGCCGCUCCUGUAGAAAUCGAGCAUCAUUUGGAAAUGGGCCGUAAGCUGCUGGCAGCUGGACAGCUGGCUGAGGCCCUUUCCCACUAUCACUCAGCUGUGGAGGGCGAUUCUAAGAAUUACCUGACUUACUACAAACGUGCUGCCGUGUUUCUGGCCAUGGGCAAGUCCAAAUCAGCACUGCCAGACCUGACCCAAGCCAUAAAGCUCAAGCCGGACUUCCUCGCUGCCAGAUUGCAGAGGGGUAAUAUUCUGCUGAAACAAGGAAGCACCCAAGAGGCCAGAGAAGACUUCCAAGCAGUACUGAAGCGUUCCCCUGAUAACAAGGAAGCGCAUGAUCAGCUCCACAAGGCCAAUGAGCUAGAGUUACUCCAGAAUAAGGCACAUGAGGCCCAUCACAUUGGCGACUAUGCCACUUCUGUCCAGGUGCUGGAACGGGUCAUAGAGCUCUCACCGUGGGACCCCGAGUCUCGAGAGCUAAGGGCCGAGUGCUACAUCUUGCUCGGUGAGCUACGGAAGGCCAUUACGGACUUGACUCCGGCAACACGUCUCCGCGCUGACAACCGAGCGGCAUUCCUCAAACUCAGUCAACUCCACUACAGUCUAGGCGAGCAUCACGACUCACUUAAUCAGGUCCGUGAGUGUCUGAAGCUAGAUCAGGAUGAUAAGGAGUGUUUCGCCCACUACAAACAGGUCAAGAAGCUCAGCAAGCAGCUGGACUCCGCAGAGGAGCUGAUCUCAGAACAGAGGUAUCAGGAAGCCAUCGACAAGUACGAGUCAGUGAUCAGAACAGAGCCAAAUGUUCAGUUCUACACUAAGGCAAAGGAGAGGAUCUGUUUCUGCUUAGUCAAAAUGAAGAGUGCAGAGAAGGCAGUAGACAUAUGUUCAGAAGCUCACCAGAGAGAACCUCAGAAUAUACAUAUCCUGCGGGACCGAGCGGAGGCCUACAUCCUACUGCAGGAGUAUGAGAAAGCUGUGGAGGACUAUCAAGAGGCUCAGGAGUUCGAUCAGAAGAACCAAGAGCUUCGUGAAGGUCUUGAUCGGGCACAGAAGCUCCUCAAGCUCUCUCGAAAGAGGGACUAUUACAAGAUCCUGGGGGUGAGCAGGAGUGCCAACAAACAGGAAAUUAUAAAAGCAUAUAGGAAGCUGGCUCAGCAAUGGCACCCGGACAAUUUCCAGUCUGAGACGGAAAAGAAGGAGGCAGAGAAAAAGUUUAUAGAUAUUGCCUCAGCAAAGGAAGUGCUCACAGAUCCAGAAAUGCGUCAAAAGUUUGAUUCUGGUGAGGAUCCCUUGGACCCAGAAAAUCAGCAGGGUGGAGGAGGGGGAGGCAGAGAAUGGCCCUUCAACCCCUUUGAUGGUGGAAAUUUUCACUUUAAGUUCCACUACAACUGAUAAUGAAGCGGCUGAUGCAGUAUAAAUGGACAGCGAUAUGGACUCAUUAUUAUGAAGCCUGGCAAGACAAUAUCGAAACUGAACUUUGGUGAAACCUUAUCAAAGGGAGACUUUAAUACAUGGGCUGUUUUGGAUUUUCCCAGGAGUGAUUUACUUGAUCAGGCAAACUCCAUUUGUUUGGUGUUUGAAUUUGUUUGCUUGAAAUUACCAGAGUCGGAGACCAAAAUGGAGUCUUAAACCCAGCUGAAUAAUUUCAUCUUAAAAUGUUCUAAAUUUCUUUGAUUUAUGUGUCAUCACUCUCAUUACUUCAUCUCUCUCCUCCCUUUUCUGUUGCUUAUUUUUAUUUUAUUUUUUAUUGAAUGACACUCCAAAAUUUAGGGUUGUAGAUUCUUUUGAGCUGUGCCAAAUUUGCAUUCUUAAACUCUUAUGUGCCUGGCAUGAAAGUGUUAAACAGUAUUGCAGGUUUUUCCAUAUUUAUGUCCAAUGUUUGUUUCAGAUUACAGUAUAAACUGGGGGAAAAAAAACUCUUUGUAAAUUCUUUCCAAAGAGACAGCAUCAUUUCUAAUAAUACUGAAUAUAUGAAACUAUUAAAUUACCUUGUCUGGAAAUUAACCGGCUGUUGUGCUACUUUAUAGCCUGACACCUUUGUUCUGACACUAGACAUCACAGUGAAAAUGUUCAGCUGUCCUGGAUGAUAAAUCAGAUGACGGGCUAUAAACCAGCACUCAUAUAGUUAUUUCUGUACAAAAUGUCAGCAGGUUGCUGUCCUGAUACACAAUGCUUUCAAACUGUUACGUAAACAUUAAGAGUUGCCUCUGUACUUUCUACUCCCUCUUAAGUCCUUUGACCUCACUGAUGUUAAGGACAUUGGUCUUCCAAAUGGUUUCAUGUCUGUUUUCAUUUGUUUUAAGAAACAAAUCUUGAAAACUCUCCAAGACAGACUGAAUUAAAAAAAAAAAAAGUAUAUUAAAGA